CUUUAGUUUUGUGCACAAAUAGUUGAAAGAAUCCUUUUGUAAAGGAUAUUUUGCCUAAAAAUAGUAACAACCUGUUAGUUUAAUUGAUAUAAUAAAUAAAAAUAUAAUAUAAAUACAAAAUUUAAGGGUGAGUUUGAAAUAUAACUUCCCACAACAUAAAAUAAAACGAAAAUAUUUAAAGAACACAAGGAAAUACAUGUCAGCUGGCUGAUUAGAAGAAAACAUUGAAAAAUCAUUAAAAUUUAUUAUACACGACAAAGUAAAGGACAUUAAUAUAAUUACGAAACAAAUAACGGUGACCAAGGAUACCUGGGUGUAAAAAAAUAUUAUUUAUUUAAAACAAAUAAUAAAAUAAAAAGUAGUGCAGCCAUGGAACGUACUGCUACCACCAAUACCAGUAACACGGCCAAACGUAAUACCAAUGCCUCUGUAAAUACGGCUGGUGGGCGCAAGAAAUCUGGUCCAAAAUUUGAAUUAUCCGAUGCCCAAAAGGCCGAUAUCAAAGAAGCCUUCGAUCUUUUCGAUGUCGAUUGCACGGGUUUCAUAGAGGUGAAAGAACUCAAGGUGGCCAUACGAGCUUUAGGUUUCGAACCCAAAAAAGAGGAAAUUAAGCGCAUGAUUGCUGAAAUUGAUAAAGAUGGUACAGGACGCAUUAGUUAUAACGAUUUUUUGCAUUUGAUGACCAUGAAAAUGGCUGAAAAGGAUACAAAAGAAGAAAUACUUAAAGCAUUUCGUUUAUUCGAUGAUGAUGAUACUGGUAAAAUAUCCUUUAAGAAUCUUAAACGUGUAGCACGAGAACUGGGAGAAACUUUAACGGACGAGGAGUUAAGAGAAAUGAUCGAUGAGGCAGAUUUGGAUAAUGAUGGUGAAGUGAAUCAAGAUGAAUUUUUACGUAUUAUGAAGAAAACUAGUUUGUAUUAAGGUGGUAGUGUGUUGAAGAGAAUGGGAUGUCAAUAGAGGUUGAAAUGAUUGUGUUCCUUUAAUGAUUUUGUUUUAGGUUUUAUUUAUAUUUCAAUUGUAAUAUUUUAAGAAGUUCCUUUUCUUUUAUAGGUAUUUGCUUAUUUAAAAAAAUAAGUUUUUAGAUAUUUUUCUUAAGCAUUCUUUAGUUUUUUCAAUAAUUUUGUAUUUAUUUAUGUAAUUUUGCAGCUUUUAAUUGAAAUACAUGAAAUUUUUAUUCAAUA